AUGUAUAGUAAUAGUAGGAAGAGGACAAGAAAUGAUAACAAUGAGGUACGGGGGCCCAAUAGUGCGUUGACGCAGUUUCUUCGGGAGCAGGGAAUCAGUGCGGAGGCUAUCAAGCAGAAAUGGGAAAGUUCGAGGCAAGUAAAGGAGGAUGAAAAGAGUGAGAGUGAGGCUUCCGAAGGGGAUUCGGAAGGGGAUUCGGAAGGGGAUUCUGCUGGGCAUUCUUUGGAAGAAGGGAGUUCGGGUUCUGCUAAAGGGUUUGCUACAGAGGUUGAUGAUGGAUUUCAGCGACGUGCUUUGCUAAGGUCUAGAUUACAAGAGGAUUCGGAUGAUGAGGAGUAUGGUGAAGAACCACCGACUGGCUCAUCGAUUGCACAGUCGCAGAAAGAUGACUCGUCAAGGGAUGCAAAUUUACUGCAGGUUAAAAGGAAGUUGCUUCUACAGCAGCGUAAACGCAAGAAGAAACAGGCUGUAGACCUUUUGGAUAAGAAAACCAAAAGAGUUACAUCACUGCAGGACUUUUGUGUAGCUGCAAUUAGCGAAAAUAUCAAAAAAUAUAACCAGGAAAACAAGAUCAUGGAUAAGCAUGUUCGAGAUGUGCUUGGUGGAGUGUCAUUGAAAAACAUGCAUAAAUUGGCCGAUGCGCUUUCCAAAGGUAGGGCCUUAGAUGAUCAUACGUUACAAUUAUUCCUUAAAACUGAGCUAUCAGAGCUUACAUUUCAUGAUUGCUCAAAGAUUACUUCUGAUGGGUACAAACAGCUAGCGGUUUUUACGCCACAUCUAACCAAACUUUCCUUGCAAAUGUGUGGCCAGUUAAACAAUGAAGGGCUGUUAUUCAUCGCGGACAAACUUACUAAUUUAAAGGAGCUUUACUUGGAUGGUCCUUUUCUCAUCAACGAAGAAACUUGGUGCUUGUUUUGGAAGCGCCAAAAGGGACUCGAAGCUUUUCACAUUGCCAACACACAUAGGUUUACAGAUGCGUGCCUCUUAAGCAUGCUGGAGCACUGUGGCCAAUCGCUAAAGUCUUUAAAACUGUCAAGAAUGGAUUCUAUAAAAAACUAUGCAGUACUCCCACAGUAUUUGUGCAACCCGCAGUUCCACACAUUAAUUUUACAAUAUCCAGCUAAUGAAGAAGAUGUUAGCGACGAAGUUAUUAUUAAAAUUUUAAGUAUUUGUGGUUUGCACAUAAGGUCAUUAAAUCUAGACGGGUGUACGGGAUUGACCGAUGAUACCCUGAUAAACGGAUUCACACCGUUUUUAAAAAUGCGUAACUCAAUGAGCGCGUUGGAGGAGCUUUCAGUGGAAGAACUAGACCAAAUUACGGGAGACGGCUUGCUACACUUCAUAUCCUCGGUUCAGCUAACACGAUUGAGAGAUCUUAGUGUAAGACGUUGCUGGCAGCUUGACGACAUUGCAGUCGCAGGAUUAUGGCGCAACGACUGCUCGAAAUCUCUGGUAAACCUGAACUUAAACUCGCUGAAGAAGCUCACAGCAAAUUGCUUUGAGCGAAUGUUCUGCCCAUCUCUAAGGCAACUAAACGUUGGAUUUGUCCGUUGCGUUAACAACCAAAUUGUAAAAUUUCUAAGUGAACAAAAUCCCAACUUAGAACUUCUGGAGGUAUAUGGUGAUAACUUAGUAACGGAGGAUGCAGAAUUCAGAUCUAAUAUGAUUCUAAUCGGUAGGCAGUGA